CGACCCCCGGCUAGAACUGUCUAUUUGUCUCGAAGCAUUAAGCGUUACGCAUCGAACGACGCAUUAAUGGCGGACCUAAAGUGGACAUUAUGGUGAUUCCGCGGCUUAAAACAGGCUUUGAGGUACGCAGAUCUCAAGCGAGAGGUAACAGGUCACUGGUAAUGUAUUUUAAAACAUAACUUUGACAUCUUCUCCGGAGCGGAUGUGUUCUUGUUGGUUGGCGGAACGGGUGGAGCGUGAGGCGGCUUUUUAUCUGAGACCUACCGCGACAUAAUUUCGCAAAAAUAGACCCCAAAAAAUGGCUUCCUUUUUGGGUUGCUUCAAUGGCCCCGAGGUGUUGGAGGACGUCAAUCACGCCGGGGGUCUGAUGAGGGAGUUGAAGGCAUUGUAUGAUAGUCGUCUUCUCUCGGACGUCACCAUCGAGGUUGACCCCGCUGGAGAGCCCCUGGAGCCUGGUGGUGGUGGUUAUGAUGAGAGGCCACGGGGUGACAGCUCCAUGGAGCUGUUCCUGUGCAGUCGCAACGUCCUCGCCGCCGCCAGCCCCUACUUCAAGAGCAUGUUCACCGGUGGCAUGAAUGAGAGUGUCCAGGAGAAGGUCGUUAUCCGUGGAGUGGACGUUGAGUCCAUGUCAGUCAUCGUGGACUACUGCUACACAGGAACGGUGACCAUCACGGAGGGCAACGUGCAGAGGUUGUACGCCGCUGCCAACAUGCUGCAGUUGGAGUACAUCAAGGACGCUUGCUCCAGCUUCAUGACCCGCCGCCUUGACCUCUCCAACUGCGUAGGAGUACUAAAAUUUGCGGACACCUACGACAACCCAGAGUUAAAAGCUAGCGCUCAGGCCUUCAUCGCUAUGAACUUUGGCCAGCUGUGUGGUGGAGGGGAGCUGUGCGAGCUAGAUCUUGUCCAGCUUAAGGAGCUUCUCUCCUUGGACACGCUGGACGUGGACUCUGAGCGGAAGGUGUGCUCGGCUGCUCUUCAGUGGAUCGAGGUCAACGCUCCGCAGAAGAAGGAAGAUGCUUUGCAGGCGCUGAGAUGCGUACGCUGGAACCUGUUCACUGACAAGGACAAGCGCUACCUCGAAGGGCUGGUGGCGAGCCCUUUCAUCGAGAAGUACUUGGAGUCGUUCUUCAACGGGCCUGCCGGGGCCGGCUGCUGUGCCUUGUCUGCGUCCCUGGAUGUCCCCAAACACAGGAUAGGUGUCAGUGCCAAGGAAAUGAUCCUCUUCUUUGGUUUACCCAACGACCACAUUAUAUGCUGCGACCCGUACUCUGAGGAUCUCUACUUCAUCUCUCCUCCUCUUGUGGACCUCAGCAGCCAGGAUUACAAACACUCCACCAUGGAGUCCCUCAUCGCAUGUUCCACUCCAGAAAACAACCUCUAUCUGGCAUCCCACCUGUCCAAACACUUCUGGCAGUACAACCCGGUGCUCAACACCUGGAAGGAGCUAGCAGAGAGACCGCUAGGGAGGAUCCACUCGGGGAUGGGGUACCUCAAUGGUCAUGUUUACCUCCUCGGAGGGAGGAACCCAGUCACGGAUGCCCGCCUGAAGGAAGUGGAGUGCUAUAGCGUCCAGAGAAACCAGUGGACCUUUGUGGCGCCUUUGCCUCAUUCGUUAGGUAAAAUGCAAGUGGUGGCAUUGAACGAUCACCUGUACGUGGUCAACAAGAGGCGCAUGCUGUGCUACGACCCUCGCCGCAACCGCUGGCGCCACUGUGGCUCGCUGCGCCGCGAUAAGCUGCACAAGGCGUGCGUGUACCAGGACCAGAUCAUCUGCGUGUGCGAUAUCCCCGUAGUGAAGGCCUACAGCCCGGCUAGGGGGGAGUGGCGGCGGCUGGGCGACAUCCCCAUCGACAGCCGCGCCCUUAAUUAUCAGGUGAUCCAGCACGGUGGCAAGCUCCUCCUCCUCACACAAACGCUCCUUCAGCACAACAAGAACCGUGUCCUCAUGCACGAGUACGACCUGGUGCAGGAGAGCUGGAAGACCGUCAUGGCUGUCUACGUGUCCACGCUGGGGCCCGUGUGCGUUUCCACUCGAGUCUACCCGGCGUGUCUCGGUUCGGCGCACAGUUUCUCCAUGGAGGAGGAUGACGACAGCGGUUCCAGUGCCGACUGGGACUUGGACGGCUUGACGGACGCAGAUUCUGACUCGGGCAGCUCCAGUUCGUUCUCUGACGAGAACUGGUAGUGGAGACUUGGAUCUAUUCUACUUUGACAGGGUUACUGGUCCCCCAUGCAGAAGCACAAGCUAAACACAGCUGGUAUUCUUUAGCGCUUAUUGUGUUCAUGGUGAGCUGGAGCCUACCCCAGCUGACUUUGGCUCAGUUAAAUGUUUUGAGGAGCUUGUUAAAUUACAGUUCUUCUGAGAUUGUAUUUAUUCUUUUAAGAUUAGCAAGCCGAGCUGGAUAAAAUCUCCUAGUGGGCCAUGUAAGGACCAUGAGUCUUCCUAUGGAGUCUUAAGUUUACAGUUUUUGGGCUGCUGUUCCUAAACUUGCAGAAUGGUCAUGAAGCUUGGUAGUAAAAUCUUCCAUACGUCAACCUUUUGAUGUCAUUGUGUUGAUUUGAUGCUAUGUUUUGUUUUGUUUGUUUGAAGGCCUAAAAAAAACCAAAUCAAUAACAUGGUUUGUCCAUAACAUAACAUGCUGUCUAUGUUCUUCUCUUUCCUCUCGUCAAAAAGCCAAAGAAAAAGGGAAAUGCAUGCGCAAUUACUCCACAAUUACACUGACCUGAGGUCUCACAUGGUGCAUGAUGUCAGAAUUUUUAGGAAUGAAAAUAUCGCUGCGAAGACUAAUUUAGUGGUUCAACUGUAAUAGCUUUUUAUGUUUUUGGAUGGAUUUUGCAUACAAAUGUCUCGUAUUGAAAGCAGCAUUCACACACCCAAACAAGACAUUAAAGCCACCGUCUCGCCAAGGCCUCUUCGAGCUUGAUUUUCAGCCUGUGUCAGAGAAACAGCUGGUGGGUUCAUAAAGGGCUGAAACCCGAGUAGAUGCGACGUCCACACAUAUUAGACCUCAUUUAAGGAGACUUCUAAUGUGAAACACAGACACCCCCAAAUGGAGACAAUAACAAUGCUUUCCUUUUGGAUUUCAAAGACAAUUUUUGGACAAAGUGGUUGCAAUGAUGUCAAAAAGGAAGCUGCUAAUACUGCUGGGUUGUAUUUUAUAAGGCCUGCAAAGGGAGCACAUAGCUUUUUAAGAUGUUUCUUCAGGUAGCAGCCUGGGCACAAAGGUGACAGAGACAGACAGGUGAUGAUUGCUGCCAUCUGUUUUUUGCACUUUCUUUGGCCAAUUUCUUAAAAGUGUGAAAUAUUUUCUGAUGCACAUGCGUGUUGUGUUUGAAUUGUAGCCAUCAUGCGCUGUGCUCACCGGGCCAAAAUAUUAAGUACACUCCCAACCCCCAUAAAGAGCCAUAUUUAGCUCAGAAACAGCUCUUGGUAUUAUGAAGUGAAACCCCACAUUGUUGUAUAGCAUCUCAUUAAGCAGUGUAUGUGUACCUAAUAUUGUGGCCAGUGAGUGUAUUAUGCCGACUCAGGGUAUCCUUACCUUAAAUUAAAUGAAUGAUGUAUGUGGAUUUUUAUCAGUGUUUUUGUUACGUAUAAGGGUUUAUAUCAGUGUUUUUGUUUUCAUUAUUUGCCAUUGACACCCUCAAGAUUUAAAUUAUUUCAUUUACAUUUUCUUAAAAGUUAUUAGCUGACUGAGUUAUUGAUUCUGUCUUAAUAAUGUAGUUGUUGGCGAAAACUACAAUAGUUUCCACUCAUUCACUUCCCUGUAACAAUUGUGUUGUUAUUGUUAGAUUUACGACUUUAUAGUAUAAUGAUGCAAUUUUAAUACAUAUUCCUCAUGUGUGUGUGUGUGUGUGUGUGUGUGUGCGAAACAAAAUAAUUUUUAUUGUACCUCUCAAAUAAACCAUGCAGUCCCAAGGAUA